CAUUGAUCCAGCCGCUGACCUCACCACGCACCAUUCGGCACUCACCUGCCUGCUCGAUCCAUCUCUUGGCCAUAUCCACCAUGCAUUAUACUAUGCUCAUGCUCUCUCCCUCUCUCUCUCUAAUCUCCUCCCUCUAACCCCUAGUGGACCUGAUAUAAAGGGGAGGCCAGCUGAGGGGAAGGAAUCAAACGAGGAGCUAGCUGCCUAUUCUUCAGUUCUUCUUCCUCUCGAUCGAUCAAGCAUUCAGGCUCGAUCCCUUGCUUUCUGUCUCCUCGGCAGCCGGAAGCGACGACCAUGUCCAUGUUCAGCAGGAACAAGAAGCCGGAUGGCGAGCAGAUCAGCAGAGGCGGCGGCACGAUGGCGGCGCCGGUGCCGGCGAUGAGGAAGGGCCCCUGGACGGAGGAGGAGGACGCGCAGCUGGUACGGUUCGUCCGCCUGUUCGGCGAACGCCGAUGGGAUUUCUUAGCAAAGGUGUCAGGUUUGCGCGGUGGCGGGUGCAUCGAUCCGUCCCCACGCAUGCCGCUCCGGCGGCUCCGCGCAUGCGUGAGGGGCCGAUCGACCGAGGUCCACGGGCAGUGGCGUGCGGUGUUAACCGUUUGCUUUCUUCUCCUCCUCUGUGUCUCUCUGCAUGCGGCUCCCCUCCGUCACCGUGCUGCAGGUCUGAGGCGCACCGGCAAGAGCUGCCGCCUCCGGUGGGUCAACUACCUCCACCCGGACCUCCGCCGCGGCCGCAUCACCGCCGACGAGGAGCGCCUCAUCGUCCAGCUUCACGCGCAGUGGGGCAGCAGGUGGUCGCGCAUCGCCAGGAGCGUCCCCGGCCGCACCGACAACGAGAUCAAGAACUUCUGGAGGACGCGCACCAGGAAGAAGGCGCUCGAGGAGAGGCGGCACAACAGCGGCAGCAGCAGCAACAAGAAGGCGGCGGCGGCGUCGCCUCUGUCCUCUGUGACGACGGCCUCCUGCUGCCCCGGCUCUCCGAACAGCGGCGCGGCGACGUCGUCCUCGUCGGCCCCGCCGUCCGACGAUUCAUCGCUGCGCGAAGGCAGCGGCGGCGACGACGCCGAGCUCGAGGAGGCGUCAACGGCCACCGCCGCGGCGACCCAGCACGAGGAGCCGCAGGAGUACUGCUGCGCCAUGGACCAGCUGUGGAACGAGAUCGCGGCAGCCGAUGCAGCGGCGAGCUACGCGCUCGACGGCUGGGGAGCUGGCCAUUGUUAUUAUGUCGCUGCCGCUGAGGCACUGGCGAUGCCGUCGUCGCCGGUGUGGGAGUACAGCUCGGACUAUUCGCUCUGGAGGAUCGAUGACGAAGAAUACUACAGGGAGAUGCUCGACGCCUCCUGAUCCGGCCAUGCACAUAUCCAUCCAUCUUCUUGUACACCUUCAUGUAUAUGCUGGUAGAGACGACAGAUUGUCUGAAUGCUCUGCGACGAGAGUUUUCACAUCAGUAAUGAGUUGUGUAAGAGAAAAAUUAAGAGCGGUGAUGAGCAAGGUAGUAGAUCAUGCCAUCAUGGUGAGGGAACUGUACGUACUAUUAAUUGAUGGUGCAUGCGUUGUCAGAAUCACAUCUCACAUGGUGCUUUUAUAGCCUGUAAUUUCUCAAUCGUGUAGCUUAAAUAAUGGAUGAUAUGAAAUCUGCCGCUGACUUUUCACUUG